AAAACUAAACCCAAAUAAACCGUGAACGUGUGAUUUGGUUGAAAAAGAUCCAAGAUUUUUCUCGCCCUUCUUAUUUCUUCGUCUUUAAAAAAUUUGAAACACCGAGAAGGGUUCUGGUGAUCAUGGCCGGAGUGAUUGCGCGCACAGCUGCGACCCUCGCGAGGGCGCGACCUCCCUUCGCAGCUUCGUCCCUUCACACAUCGUCCGUUCGAGCGGCGGACAAAUUGAUGCCUGACCCCUUGGAUCACGCAACUGGUUUGGAGCGGAAAGAACUGGAAGCUAUCGCUCGAGGAAACGAUGACCCUUUCAUGAUGAAGGUAUUGAAGCGAGCCGCAGGGACGAAGGACCAGCCCACUCUGAUCCCCUCCUUCCAUGCGGAGCGACUCGUUGGGUGCGUGUGUCACGAGGACGCCUUCUACAUUAACUACAUGUGGUUGUACAAGGGCGAACCGAAGCGCUGCGAGUGCGGAUACUGGUUUAAGCUUACAAAGGCCGAAGAUCCAUUCAAAUUCAAAUAGACAAAACCGAGUCAUCUAAACUAUAUCUUCUAAUUCCUUGUUAAUAAGUAACGUCUUUAUUAGUUGGACAUCAUAAACCUCGAAUGAAAAGUUAUGUAUAGUCGACUGAACGGCCAUCGUUAUAUUGUCUCCAAAAAGAUGUCGUAGAUAUGCCAAUAAUACACACCCCAAAUUUAGCUAAUAUUAAAUCAAUCGCUGUAAAAAAUUCUACGUAACUUAAUAAAGAAACGUUGAGUGUAAAAUUUGAA